AUGAUCGCGAAAUAUGUGCACAAAAUAUCAAAAGUCAUUCCCGACAGAGACAUCCACUUUCCCGAAGCCUCGGCUCGACAUCAGUGCACAUAUUUAGUGAACUUAUCUCGGGAUGAGUUCCUGGCAUCGGGUGGUGAUCCACAAUGGCUACAGGGAUUGGAUCACAUUCCGCAGAAACUUAAAGAUCUGAACCAAAUUAACAAACUGCUGGCCCAUCAGCCCUGGCUUAUCGGCAGAUCCCAUAUUGAGAAAUUGACGAAAGGGUCGGACUCGUGGUCACUGUCCGAGUUGGUUCACGCCAUCGUAAUACUGUCGCACUUUCACGCCCUGUCCUCCUUCGUGUUUGGCUGCAAUAUCGGUGCCGACGGUCACACUCUCGCCAACAACGGCGACGAGAAGGAGAACGGACACAACGGUCACAACCACGCGGUGGUCGUCGUCCCGAACGCCGGCGCCGUCGGCAUCAGUAACGCCAACCAUAAGCAACAGCCGCCGUCGCCCACGAGUCUGGGCGGCUCGCCCACCACCGGCGCCGAGGUGGAGGCGCUCAUGAAGAAGUUGCAGUCGAUUAACGAGCAAAAGGGCGCCGCCGGUGAGGACACGGCCUCCCAGGAGGACCUGUUGAAGAACUUCGACAAACUCGAGUACCAGUCGCAGGAACUACACUCACCGCUGUUCGCUUCGAAUAACCCGAUGUCGAUACCGGUGCCCGUGGGGCCACAGGCCGCCAAUAACCAAACGAAUAGCGCCGGCAAUGGGGGCACGAGUAACCAAAAUAGCGCCAGUAAUUCGGGAGCGCCGGUGGGCAACGGGAGCGCCGGUAACGGUGUCGGGCAGCCGGUGAUCGACCAGUCGUUGAGUGAGUUAAUAAAGUUUAUCGAAGACCCCCACUUCGGGUACGAGGACUUUGCGCGGCGCCGGGAGGAGUCGGACUUUCCCACGUUUCGCGUGCAGGACUACUCGUGGGACGACCACGGCUUCAGUCUCGUGAACAGACUUUACUCAGAUAUCGGCAAUUUGUUGGACGAGAAGUUCAAGAUUUGCUAUAAUCUCACCUAUUAUACGAUGGGCAACAAGACCAAUGUCGAUACCACGCCUUUCCGGCGGGCCGUUUGGAACUACAUUCAGUCUAUGUAUGGCAUCCGACACGACGACUACGACUACCGCGAAGUCAAUAUUUUAGUCGAAAGGAACCUCAAGUCCUAUAUUAAGUCGUUGUGCUGUUAUCCCCAUCGGGUCCGCACUAACCGGGACUACACCAAAGUCAUGCGCGGCUUCAAGUCCUCCGAAAAGAUUCACGUAAAUCUAAUGAUAUUUGAGGCCAGACUUCAAGCAGAGCUGUUGUAUGCGUUGAGGGCUGUUAUGCGACACAUGACUUGAAUGGUCGAUACCGAUGACCGCAUACACCAAAGCAUAUAGAUAUCUAAAAUCUAUAUACAAAACACUUUGGAAGACAAACUCUUUACUGAAAAAAAUAUGUAAUAAUUAUUUUUAAUAAUAAUAAUAAUAAUCACUUUUGCGACACAAAUACAUACAAAACGAUUUAUGACUGGAAAACAACCGGAAAGAUGUGAAUCCGAAAAAUGCCCGAAAUAUUCAUCAAAAGUUAUAUUUAAAUAUAAUUAUUUUCAAUUUCUCUUUCUCCUAUUUUAUCGUUGAAAUAUUUUUAAUUAAAAUUUUUAAAAUUAAUUAUUAUAUUAUUUUUACGACACACACAUAAACAAAAACGAAAAUUUUAAAAUUAAUUAUAGUUAUUAUGCAUUAUUUUUUAAUUAUCGAGAGACAAAUAUAAUUUAUUGAAAAGUUUACGGCGAAAACAAUUUUUAAUGACAUAAUGUUUAUAAAAAAGCAAACCC